CUGAGCCCGUGUUGAUAUAACAGCACGUUUUCCCUCAAGGAUAUUUUCUGGGAAUUCUGAAUUUAAAAGCGAGGCAGAUUCUGAUUCUCCUGAUGGCCCCAGCUGUGUUGCUCCUGUCUGUUCGCAAGCAGAACCUUCAAGCUUCUGUUCAAGACCGGUUCAAGAUGCGUGCCGUCCUUCUGCUGCUCUUGGCAUCUUCUCUGCGUGCCAGCAACCCACUCGAUGAAAAAGCCUUACCCAAGAGGGAGAACCGGAGGGUCCCUUCCUGCGUGAGAUGCUGUGGGCCUUCUGAGCAGCCAGCUUCUGUCACCGCUUCCCGUUACGCUCGGAUGACCGGUGACUCCUUCUACUCCAUGCCCAGGAUCCGGCCUGCCAUUGACAUCACAAUCUUGAAAGGUGAAAAAGGUGAGAGGGGAGACAGAGGCGUUUGGGGCCCACAAGGCAAAGCGGGGGAACCAGGUCAACGGGGCCAUCCUGGCCGGAAAGGUCAAAAGGGUCAGCCUGGCCUACCUGGCAAUUCCUGCAAGCAGCAUUACGUGGCCUUUUCGGUGGCCCGGCGGAAGCCUCUGCACAGCUCCGAUUACUACCAGCACGUGACGUUUGACACGGAACUGGUCAACCUCUACCAGCACUUCAACAUGUUCACUGGGAAGUUCUUCUGCUAUGUCCCCGGGAUCUACUUCUUCAACCUCAACGUCCACACCUGGAAUUACAAAGAGACCUACCUCCACAUCAUGAAGAACGACAACGAGGCGGCCAUUCUCUACUCGCAGCCCAGCGAGCGCAGCAUCAUGCAAAGCCAGAGCCUGAUGCUCGACCUCCAGGAAGGAGACGAGGUCUGGGUGCGGAUGUUCAAACGAGAGAGAGAGAACGCCAUCUACAGCGAGGAGUCCGAUAUUUACAUCACCUUCAACGGGCAUUUAAUUAAGCCAGAGAUGGAGUGAGUGGUGC